AGACAACGAAAUCGAUAGGUCUAAAUUCUUGAGUCUGGCACUCACCAAGCGGUAGAGUGUCUCCCACUCAGGAUUCGCGAGACAGUAGGGGUUGUUCAGAGCAGCCGACGGGGUCUCCUUAAAGGAGCGGAGCUCGACGGAGGAGACAAAGAAGCGACAUCGAGCCGCGCCUAUCCGAGUUGAGUCCUCUGAAGAAGAAAGCAUGCCCGAAAAGCAGAGCAUAAGGCCAGGCCUCGGGAAUUUCCUCGCACUGCCCCAGCCGAAGGAUAAGGUCCAAGUGACCUACAUCUGGAUCGACGGCAGUGGUGAAGGUCUCCGGUGCAAGACCAAAACCGUUUCGAAAGAGCCAUCGAAACCUGAAGAUCUCUCGAUUUGGAGUUACGAUGGAUCGUCGUGCGGACAAUCUCAGGGCAGGAACUCCGACGUCUACCUGUACCCAGUCGCCAUUUACAAGGACCCAUUUUUGGGAGGCCCUAACAAAUUGGUCAUGUGUGAGACCUAUACCUGGGAGAAAAAGCCUCAUCCUUCGAACAAACGUCACUCGUGCAAAAAGGCUUCCGAUGCCUGCAGGGAGCACAAGCCAUGGUUCGGUGUGGAGCAGGAAUACACUCUCCUGGACACCGACGGUCAUCCGUACAUGUGGCCGAAACAAGGAUUCCCGGGUCCUCAGGGUCCGUACUACUGCGGAGUUGGCGCUAACAGAGUCUUUGGUCGCGACCUCGUCGAAGCCCAUUAUCGCGCGUGCCUUUACUGCGGCCUCUCCAUUUGCGGCACGAAUGCUGAAGUGAUGCCCUCCCAGUGGGAGUACCAGAUCGGGACGUGUGAUGGAAUCGAUGUUGCUGAUCAGCUAUGGAUCUCCAGAUACAUACUGCAGCGGAUGGGUGAAAGUUUCGGAAUAGUCGUGUCGUUCGAUCCGAAACCGAUGAAAGGAGACUGGAACGGGGCAGGGGCUCACAUGAACUUCUCGACAGAAGCUAUGCGCAAUCCAGGCGGCAUGACGGCCAUCAACGAAGCCAUCGAGAAGCUUUCCAAACGCCACGCGGCCCACAUCAAGGCAUACGAUCCAUCGGGAGGGGUCGACAACGCCAGACGACUAACCGGCGCGCACGAGACCGCGCGGAUCGACCAGUUCAGCUCUGGAGUUGCCAACAGAGGCGCUUCCAUCCGAAUUCCGAGACAGGUAGAUGCGGACGGUCAUGGCUAUCUUGAGGACAGGAGACCUGCCUCAAACUGUGAUCCUUACUCCGUCGUUGAUAUCUUGCUCAGAACCAUACUCAUGGGCGAGACCGCGGACGGCUCGAGCAAGUCCGACUGA